GUACAAAACUAUGUUCCGUAUUAUCAUUAAGAUAAAGAAAAUUUAUGAAAAUUAUUCAAUUAUAUGAUUGUUCAACAAACAUUCAAAGAUAAUAUUUAUUGAUAUUUAUUCAACGAAUAUACUUUUUUAAUUUUUUGUAACCAUGGUCGAUCGUUGGUAAUGAUUAGACUUCUUGUUGUAUGCUAUGUAAUAGCAAGUGAGUCAAACUGAAUAAUAAUAAUAACAAAAAAUUCUUAUAAAUUACGUUAUAAAUCAUUUAUGUAUUACAAAUACAUUGUUAUUAUAUUAUUUCUACAAUUAACAAUUUCAUAUGAAAAAUUUGUAUCAGAACAUUAAGAUAUCAUAUAUGAAUGUCUAAUUUAAAACAUAACCUUAAAGGAUAGCUUGUUUACUUACGUGAUCAGUGGCAAUGAAUUAAAUUGUGUUAUUACUUAUAACAUGGCAAAUAAAAAUCCAAACGAAAUAGUACUGAGCUAUCAAGAUUGUCUACUUCGCAAUUCUGAUGUAGAUUUACUGAAAGGUCAACAUUGGCUCAAUGAUGUUAUUAUUGGAUUUUACCUUGAGUAUUUAGAUAAUCAUCUAAAUAUCCCAAAUAAAAAUGAAAUACUUUAUAUUAGUCCGGAAUUAACUCAACUAUUGAAAAUGACAGAUCCGGCGCAGUACGAUAUAUUUUUAGAACCCAUCGAAGCUCCUAUUAAGAAAUUUAUUUUUUUCCCAUUAAAUAAUAUGAAUAGAAAAGAUGUACCUGGUGGAUCGCAUUGGAGUUUAUUAGUAUAUUCUAAGCCAGAAGAAACUUAUUUUCAUUUUGAUUCUUAUCAAGGUACUAAUGGAUCGAUAGCUUCAAUCUUUACCAAUAACCUCAUGUUGUAUUUUCAUUGUAAAAAUGAGAAAAAAUUCAUUGAAGUGGAAUGUCCGCAACAAGAUAAUGGAUAUGAUUGUGGAUUAUAUGUUUUAUGUUUUACGGAUAUAAUUUCUCGUCAUGCUUUAGAAAAUGGUAAAAUAAGAGAUUGUAAAUUAAAUACUGUUAAUUCCUAUGUUAAGUCUAAACGAAGAGAGUUAUUGUGUUUGAUUGAUGAAGCAAAGAAAAAAUAAAAUCACAAAUAUGUUAAAUUUAA